UCACGUGGCCGCUGGUCGCCGCCGCCACCCUUCCCGCCCUGUUCUCUUUCUGGUCGGGCCGGCCGGUCCCGCGAGCGCCCGGCCGAGACUGAGGGAGAGAGAGAGAGAAAGAGGAGGGGAGGAGGAGGAUUCAGGGAGUAGGAGCUGGGGAGCCCUUCUGCGCCACAGAAAAUUUCCAAAGACUUGGUGAAGGAAGACUUUGUGGAUGAAGAAGACUUUUCUGAUAGGAAAACAAUCAAAAGCUGUAGCACUAUUAUACUACCUCAUCAACCCCUUUGACCCAAAGGAAUUUGCCGAUUUUCCAGCAGCUUAGUUGAAGAACUCUGCUGAUCUAUAUUUCCUGAUUCUUCGUUACUUCAAAUUUCCAACUAAGACUUGUAUUCAGAGAACUUUGUUAUACCGAGCCUGAGGAAUUCUUUGACACAUAACAAGAGCAUGCAUUUUCAAGUGUCAGUUAGGUUUGUGGAUCACUAAAGUUCUUCUAAAAGGGAGUCUCUUUUGCUGACACCAUCCAGUUUUCAUAAUGUAUCAUUCCUUGUCUGAAACUAGACAUCCUCUGCAGCCAGAAGAACAAGAAGUGGGCAUUGACCCCUUGUCUAGCUACUCAAACAGGACUGGAGGGGACUCAAAUAAAAAUGGAAGAAGAACAAGUUCUACUUUAGAUUCUGAUGGGACUUUUAAUUCCUAUAGGAAAGAAUGGGAGGAACUCUUUGUAAACAACAAUUAUUUGGCAACAAUAAGGCAGAAGGGGAUUAAUGGGCAGCUGAGAAGCAGCAGGUUCCGCAGCAUUUGCUGGAAGCUAUUUCUUUGUGUUCUUCCUCAAGAUAAAAAUCAGUGGAUAAGUAAAAUUAAAGAAUUAAGAGCAUGGUAUAGCAACAUCAAAGAAACACACAUCACCAACCCACGGAAGGUCGUUGGCCAGCAAGACCUGAUGAUCAAUAAUCCCCUUUCACAGGAUGAAGGGAGUCUUUGGAAUAAAUUCUUCCAAGAUAAAGAACUCCGAUCGAUGAUUGAACAAGAUGUCACAAGAACGUUUCCUGAAAUGCAGUUUUUCCGACAAGAAAAUGUGAGAAAAAUUCUUACAGAUGUUCUUUUCUGUUAUGCUAGAGAAAACGAGCAGUUGCUUUAUAAACAGGGCAUGCAUGAGCUGUUAGCGCCUAUAGUCUUUAUCCUCCACUGUGACCACCAAGCUUUUCUUCAUGCCAGCGAGUCUGCUCAACCAAGUGAGGAAAUGAAAACGCUGUUGAACCCUGAGUAUCUGGAACAUGAUGCCUAUGCGAUGUUCUCACAACUUAUGGAAACUGCUGAACCUUGGUUUUCUACUUUCGAGCAUGAUAGUCAAAAGGGGAAAGAAACACUGCUAACUCCUAUCCCCUUUGCUAGACCACAGGACUUAGGGCCGACAGUUGCUAUUGUUACUAAAGUCAACCAAAUCCAGGAUCAUCUACUGAAGAAGCAUGAUAUUGAGCUCUACAUGCACUUGAACAGACUAGAAAUUGCACCACAGAUAUAUGGGUUGCGGUGGGUGCGGCUGCUGUUUGGGCGAGAGUUCCCCCUGCAGGACCUUCUGGUGGUCUGGGAUGCCUUGUUUGCUGAUGGCCUCGGCCUGGGCUUAGUGGAUUACAUCUUCAUAGCCAUGUUACUCUACAUCCGAGAUGCUUUGAUCUCUAGUAACUACCAGACCUGUCUCGGCCUUCUAAUGCAUUACCCAGUGAUUGGGGAUGUACACUCACUGAUCCUUAAGGCUCUGUUCCUUCGAGAUCCAAAGAGAAAUCCAAGACCAGUGACUUAUCAAUUCCAUCCAAAUUUAGAUUAUUACAAAGCACGGGGAGCAGACCUUAUGAAUAAAAGCCGGACCAAUGCCAGAGGUGCUCCCCUGAAUAUAAAUAAGGUCUCCAAUAGCCUGAUUAAUUUUGGAAGGAAGUUGAUUUCCCCAGCAACAGCCCCAGGCAGUACCAGUGGCCCUGUUUCCGGAGGCAGUGGUGGCAGUACCUCCACUGCUGUGGGUCCCCCCAGAACCCUGGCAGAGAUCCCCCGGCAUCAUUUGCAGCAGCAGCAGCAGCAGCAGCAGCAGCGGCUGAUGAAAUCGGAAAGCAUGCCAGUGCAAUUGAACAAAGGUGUCCUGCUGAGCUGCGGCACCGAGCAGUCCACAGGUGAUGUAGUUACAGGAAGCAAUGCUCAGGUUUCUGUUCCUGUCCAGACUCUAACUGACCUCCAAGGACAAAGUUCUAAAAACAUCAGUUCAUCUCCAAGCAUUGAGAGUUUGCCUGGAGGAAGAGAAUUCACUGGCUCCCCACCUUUGUCUGCUACUAAAAAGGAUUCCUUCUUCAGCAACAUCUCCCGUUCCCGCUCACACAGCAAAACAAUGGGCAGAAAAGAGUCUGAAGAAGAAUUAGAAGCCCAAAUUUCCUUCCUUCAAGGACAGUUGAAUGACCUGGAUGCCAUGUGCAAAUACUGUGCGAAGGUGAUGGACACUCAUCUUGUAAAUAUUCAAGAUAUGAUAUUACAAGAAAAUUUGGAAAAAGAAGAUCAAAUUCUGGUUUCGCUGGCAGGAUUGAAACAGAUCAAAGACAUUCUUAAAGGUUCCCUGCGUUUCAACCAGAGCCAGCUGGAAGCCGAGGAGAAUGAGCAGAUCACCAUCUCAGACGACCACUACAGCGGUCAGGGCCAAGGCCAGGGCCACAGUGGCCAGCUGCCCGGGGCCACCAAGCAGGCCUCUUCGGAAGCACCCGUGCACGCGGAUGAAGGGAGCUCAGAGGACUUCAUCCUGGUUUCCAAAGAGGACGGGGGAGGCAGUGCCAGGGCGCCCCUCUCCGGCCAGGCCCAGCCGCUCCGCACCCUCAGAAGCACAUCUGGGAAGGGCGAGGGCCUGGCCCGCUUCCCGCUGGUGUUCUCCGACCCUCUGAUGGGCCCGGCCUCGGCCUCCUCCAGCAACCCCAGCUCCAGCCCUGACGACGACAGCAGCAGCAACAGCAAGGACUCCGGCUUCACCAUUGUGAGCCCCCUGGACAUCUGACACAGAGCCCAGCCGUCCCCCUCAGCAGCCUCAAGGCCCAGCUGAGGCCCCCCCAGCGGAGACCCCUCUGAAACCAGCGCUUCUUUCCCAGCAUGCAAUGUGGCAUCAGAGCCACCCAUCAGAACCUUCAGAGAAAAGCAAAUGGCGCCGCAGAGCAUACAGACUGAUGGUCACCAGGAUGCAGACAGGGCUUUAGGCUCAUCCCUAACCCCUCCCCACCCCCUCCCUGAGGUAGAACUGGGUUAAGGGUCCAGUUCCACACUGUUCUGUGCUCCCCAACGAUGGUGUGGCAACUCCACCUCUUAUACCCAGAGGAAGAAGAGUUGGUUUCCAGUCUUCCCUCCCUCAGAGCAUCCGGGAGAGAAAACAGAUGGAGAGAAAAGAGAUAGAUAGCAAGGACACUCUCUCCCUGGAAAGCUGUCUCAGCCGAUUUCCUUUCUCCCUUGGGCUCUCAUACGACAAAGCCCGAUGCACCAGAAAGGGACCAGGGUCCCGGGGCUGGAAGAAAACAUUACUGACCUCUCAGUAGUUCCAGUGAUCUUUAGAAACGGGGUCUGAACUUACGGCUCAGUUAGGUGUGAUGAGUUUAGGUUUUUUCAUUGUUAAAGAAUGCGUUUCCAGGCCUCCAGCCAGAUCCCUCUGGCCAUCCCUGCCCUCCUCACACAAUCAUGCUUCACCUGCGAAAACAAGGUCGCCGUGAGCAGGCCUGCCCUGGGGACUGGCUCUCCGGGCUCCUCUGAGACGGCGAGGCCUCUGGCAGUGGGUGCUUUCCUGGCAACAGACACCCUUCCCAUCCCGCCACCGUGACCAUGAUUCCUCUACACAACUGUGAUGGCAGGCCCUCCCACUCCCGCUCCAGAAAAUGGUGGACUCGCGAGCCAGAGGGGCUUCUAAUGGCUCUGCAGUUAGUCCUUAAACUCUAGCAGGGACAUCUAGCACACAGCCUGCAGGGUGAAUGGUACUCCAGGUUGUGAGAUGCGCUGAUUAGCACGGCCCAGCCUGCGUGGUCCGCUCAGCGCCUGUGGGGGUGACUCGCUGAGUAGGUUGCUGCAGUGUCCCCUUAAUACUUCCUGAGCCCCCGAGGUCCCGUGGUGAGGGGCCUUGCCGCUGUGCAGGACCUGGCUGGGAAGGUUCUAGAGGGCGGCGCUGUCCUUGCUGGGCCCGUGGAGCUGGCUGUCUCCUGGCGGCAGAGCAGGGUCGUCUGCUUACUUUCAGCAUUUCUUCUGCCUGAGAGCCAGAGUCAUGAGAGCAGUGUCACUGGCCCCACAGCGGCCACCGGACACCACCCCUCCGAGAAGCUCUGGGCUGGUUCCUACACCAAGGUCACUGAGACCUUAGCCCUGCCAGACGCAGGCGGGUCCUCCAUUCCGGGCUUCCAUGUCGGUGCCACACGAGAGCCAUCGGGGUCCCUCAGAGGCAUUGCUUCUGUGGCCCCAACAAACUGCUCACGCCUCAGAGGAAGGAAACCCAUGGGGAGGGGAGGUGCAGACAUAGCCACCCUCAAACUCCCAUAGGUUUAUGGGGUCUUACCUUUUUUAAGUGACUUGUUUUUAUUCUUCAUAAUUGAGCAUUGUUUGCAUUUUUAUUAGUUACAGUGCUGUUAAAGAAUUUAUGUUCCUUUUUAUUAUUUCAUCAGGUACUUAGGUGUAAUGGCACAAUUUUAAAAUCCCGAAUAUAUAUUUUUUUCUUUAACAAAUGUGAUAAUCAUUGCAACCCUCUUGUGUUUUGAUCAUCAGCAGUUAAAUUUUAUAUACAUAAAGCUUAGAUUAAUUCUCAUUGUCAUCUACCUUUUUUAUACAUGCCCCUCCCUAUGUUCAUGCAUUCCUCUCGGAUCAUUGAGGAAUCUGAGUGAGGUUACAUGUGGACCUUACCCGUGGAGUUACAGCUUAGGGAAAGGAAGUCGUGAUGACCCUGCCUCACCUUGUGUGGCUGCCAAGGGGUCAUACAGACUCCGAACUCUUCGUUAUACUGGACUCUACGGAGAUGGCCUCCGCUCACGGCAGUCAGUGAGAACGAAUGUGACUAACAGUAAACCCAGCCUCCCCUGCAUACAACUGAGCAGGAUCUCGUACAUCAUUGGGGGGGGGGGGGGGGGGUGAUUGUUCACCAUUAACAAGAAGUAGACGACAAACGGUUACAAAAUUCUGUGGCAGUUCUAUUGUCUCCUAAUGAUAACCUGCCAGAGUGAACCCAAAUUUAUUCUUUUUGUUUCUAUUGUAUUGUUUCUUUAAAAGCCACCCCAGGGGUCAUUACAGAACAAGAGUGGAUGGAGGACACGCGGAGUGGCUGUCCUGUGGAGCCCGCCACAGCCGCGCCAUCCUCCUCCCGCAGAUGUGCAUCUGCCCCGGCCCCACACAGGGCCGGGUCCGUGGGGCGGGAGAGGCGGCCGGAUGAAUUGGGGCAGCAGCUGGCAAGCCAGGCUUCCUUCUCUCAGGCCAAAACCCUUCCUCGGUAUUCCUUUCAGAAGCUCUUUUUAUCGUGUUAAAAUGAGAUAUAAGGUUCCUAUAAACAGGAUUGAACCAC